CCAGAGAUUCUGGCCAUGAAAGCCUUGAACAGCACAGUGCAGAGCCCUCUGAGUUUUGUGCAGAAUUGUGGACAGGAGUGCAAAGCAGAUCCUGUUCCUGUCCUUCCUUCCUUCCUUCCUUGGGGCGGGGCGGGCCUCUUCCUCCGCGCCCUUCCCGGGAGAGGAAGCCCAGCAGAGCCCGCCGCCCCGGAACUGCCCUUCGAGGAAGAGGAGGAGGAGGAGGAGGCGCAGAGGAAGCCAGCCUGGGCGGCCAGGUCCAGCCAGGAAGCCCACUCACCGGACAGGAGCUGCUCUCAAGUGGAAGCGCGAGGGGUAGGCACCAUGCCUCCCUCAAAAGAUGUUGUGAAAAUUGCAGUCCAAAUGAUGGGAGCAAUCCCUCAGCUCAUAGAACUCAACCAGGCCAAACCAUUGUCUGCGGUUGUGAAAGAGGUGUGCGAUGUGUGGAACCUGAAUAAUUCCGAGCGUUAUGCUCUUCAGUACGUGGACGGCCAGCAAGCAUACAUCACAGAAUCGAAUCGUGGAGAAAUCAAGAAUGGGAGCAUCCUGCAACUGACCACUGCUCCAGAUCAAGAGGCUGCAAAGUUGCAUGGUGGAAUUCAAAGCAACAACUUUGAUGUAAAAUCCGACUCUCUGAAGAAGCUGGCGUUUCUCUCUCGGGAUGUUGCGUUUGCUCAGGAGUUCAUUAGCAGGAAUGGUCUCAACCAGCUUUUUCUUAUUGUGGAAGAGGAUAAAAUGAUAGGAGAGAUUCUGGCCUAUGCUUUGAAGGCCUUUGUGGAGCUGAUGGAGCACGAUUUUGUGUCCUGGGAGACUCUCAGUCCAGCUUUCAUCAAAAAGAUUGUUGGCUAUGUCAACGUGGUUCCAAUGGAUGCCUCCAUCCAGCAGAUUUCGCUGGCCAUUUUGGAGAACAUGGUGCCAACCAGCCAUUCCCUCUUUGAACUGGUCAAGCAACAGGUGACCCUUGAGCGACUCAUCUCCCUUCUGCAAGUAAUGAACCAGCAGCUGCAACUAAAAGCGAUGGCUCUUCUUAUCGCUCUGCUUCUUAAUGCCAGCGAGUCAGAAAGGAGGGACAUGAUGGAGUAUCUAGGGGAGAAGAACCUCAGGCAGUUUAUCCACAAGAACAUUGUCCAUGCCUCAGAGCCGAUUGGAGAUGAGAUGGCCCAUUAUCUCUAUGUGCUGCAAUCCCUCACAUUGACCUUAUUGGAGUGCAGGAUGAGGACCCCAAUGGAUCCCUACUCACUGGAACAAAGGGAACUGCUUCAUUCCUUGCGCCACGCAGCCUUUGUGUCUGAGAAUGAAUCUUCACCUGGCAACUCAAACUCUGAACGCCGCCACUCCCUUUGCUCCAAGGAGUUCCGCAAGCUAGGCUUUAUGAAUAAUAGUAAUCCUGCAAUGGAUCUUCACCGGAUUCCUCCUGGACUGCUCGCCUUAGACUGCAUGGUCUAUUUUUCCAGACACUUCCCCAGUGCCUACAGCAGGUUCAUUCUUGAGAAUAGCAGCCGAGAAGAUAAACACGAGUGUCCAUUUGCCCGGAGUAGCAUCCAGCUUGCCUUCACACUCUGUGAGAUCCUUCAUGUGGGAGAGCCUUGUUCUGAGACCGCCCAGGCCUUCUACCCCAUGUUCUUUGGACAAGAACAUUUUUUUGAGGAACUGUUCUGCAUCUGCAUCCAGCUGUUAAACAAGACCUGGAAGGAGAUGCGUGCUACACAGGAGGAUUUUGACAAGGUGAUGCAAGUGGUCCGUGAACAGAUUACCAGAACACUGGCCUUAAGGCCCACUUCGCUGGAGCUCUUCAAAAGCCGAGUGAAUGCCCUCAAUUACAGUGAGAUCCUGCGUCUCCGGCAGACAGAACGGAUGCACCAGGAGGAGAUCCUUGCAGCACCAGUCCUGGAACUCAGAGAGCGGCUGAAACCCGAGCUCCUCAAGCUAAUCCAACAGCAGAGGCUCCUGCACCUCUGCGAAGGGACGCUGUUCCGGAAGAUUAGCAGCCGGCGCAGACAGGAUAAGCUCUGGUAUUGCCGCCUUUCACCCAACCACAAAUUUCUGCAUUAUGGAGAUGUCGAAGAAGGCAUAGAAAGCGUGCCCAUUGAGAACCUGCCCGAGAAAGUUCCUGUGACAGACAUGAAAGCACUGCUCAUUGGCCGGGAAUGUCCACACACAAAGGAGAAGAGCUCCGGGAAGCAGAACAAGGAUCUCCUGGACCUUGCCUUUUCCAUAAGCUAUGAUGUUGGGGAGUAUCUGAAUUUCAUUGCUCCCACCAGGUAUGAGUUCUGCUUGUGGACUGACGGCUUGAAUGUGCUGCUGGGCCAAGACAUGGGGAGUGAACGGACGCAGAGUGACCUGGACAUCUUGCUGUCAAUGGAGCUCAAGUUGCGGCUGCUGGAUCUGGAGAACAUCCCCAUCCCGGAUGCCCCGCCUGUCAUCCCAAAGCCCCCCAGCAACUUAAACUUCUGUUAUGAUUUCACCCAUAUAGAACAGUAAGGGCUGCCUCGGCCUAGUGUCUCCUGACAAAACAGAGGCGUCUUGAGCAUGCGGUACACUGCUUCUGCAAACCAGAUCACGAAUGUGCCAUGAGCUUCCCGCUCUCCUUUUGUCUAGCAAUGGGUUUAUGCAUUUCCAAGUUUCCUCUAAGUAUUUUUUGCCAGGGAUGACAAAACUCUAACCUGCAAACAGUUUCAAACUGGUUUCAGAUCAGUUUUGAGAUUUACUUCAUAUAUAGACUUUCUAAUCCAGGCAUUGCAACAGAAUAAAUUGUAGCAAACCACACUUAUCAGGAAAUGGGAGAGGAAGAAGGGAACUGACUCAUGGCAUGUUUUUAGGUCUUCCGUUUUAGCUUCAAUAUGGGAAGUGAGUCUGUUGGUAAUUCAGAAAUCAAAAGAUUGGAUUCUAUUUUUUGAAAAUGGCCAAACUUCCAUGUCUGCCUAUAGGUUCAAUUUCCCCCCUUUUAACUGUACCCUUUCAGAUAUCUCAUAAUUGUGAAUUUCCCUACAAUUUGUUUUUUUAACUGUUUGGGAACACAUUGAGAGAUAGAGAACAUAAUUUGAUUGCUAUCAUCUAUCCACUGUUCUCUGCAAAGCUGUAACUAUAACAAGCACUAGGAGGUUAAGGAGAGCGGGAGGCGCUUGCCUUCUGCAGAUUCUGGGUUGCACUCUUUGAGACUUUGUUCCAAGACCUCCAAUGAGAUAGGCAAACACACAGAUGCUCCAACCUGAUAGGGAAAGAUAAUGCUUUUAGGAGUUGUCUGUAUGUCACUGUUAGUUCUUUAAGGAGGUUGUUCCAAUCAUGCAGCUCGUGUCGAGACACAGACACUUUAAAGGGCCACACGCAGUAUAAGUUCCAAAGUAAAGUUUAUUGCAACAAAGAACAGCAGCUCAGAGAGACUUAAACCUCAGUGCCUCUGGCUAAAACUCAAAAAACUAACCAAACUUGGUUCAAAAAGCAAACGGAAUAUAAUCUGGAUUAACCAGAGAAAAGAACCGGAUUAAACUGCAGUACUUAGCGGCACUUACAGUACUUAGCGGAAGGAUACUAGAGACAAAGUUGAAGUACUUUGGCCACAUCAUGAGGAGACAGCAAAGCCUAGAGAAGACAAUUAUGCUGGGGAAAGUGGAAGGUAAAAGGAAGAGGGGCCGACCAAGGGCAAGAUGGAUGGAUGGCAUCCUUGAAGUGACUGGACUGACCUUGAAGGAGCUGGGGGUGGUGACGGCUGACAGGGAGUUCUGGCAUGGGCUGGUCCAUGAGGUCACGAAGAGUCGGAGACGACUGAACGAAUGAACAACAACAACUUAGCGGCAAACAAACAGCGCGUGCACACAAACAGUUAACAACAGGAAGAAGCUGCUGAAAGAGAAACCAAAGCCAGCCGAAGUCCAGAAGUCGUCGUAGAGGUGAUCCGAAGAAGUGUUGUUCCCAAGUCCGUCAAGCAGCGUCGUCGUCAAGCCAGUCCGAGAUCCAGGAAGGGAGAAAUCCACACUCACGAGAAGUCAAUCCAAGUCGAAACCCAUGGGAACAGGAACUCCAGACUGCAGAACCUGGACCAAAACCCAACACGAAAACAGGCAGCAACAAGUCCACACGUAACCGACACCUUGCCUUCUGCAAAGGUUUCCCAUUUCAGAGCCUACUUUUAUCUUACACAUCAUCAUCCGAAGAUGAGCUGACCUCUGCCCUGUCACUAUCUCUUACAGCUGUUCUUUACUCCACACGUGAACUCCUGUUCCCAUCCCUCCAACUUUUCCAUCUUCUGUCAAGACUUAGAUCCC